ACCUAUAAUUUUAACAUGGACUUUAUUGAUGCGCCUAUUAUCCUCGAGGCAGAAAAAGAUGGGUGGAUAACCAUUUGUUCUCUUGCCAGUAAGCAGAUGCACAGCAUAUAUCCCAUUCAAACAGAGCAUGGCUUGGGAACUGUAAAGUGCCGGGUGGAAGGCAACUAUAUUGGAUCACAUAAUGUUAGCUUUUCCAUGUCUAAUAAAGGAAAGUCAGUAGUACACAAGGAUGCUUGGCUUAUCAGUGCUAAGCAGGACCUUUUCCUGUAUCAAACAUUCCCAGAAAUAUUUUCAGUGUCUCCAGCUUCAGGGAGUCUGGGUGGAGGAACCCAUCUCACCAUCUCAGGAGACUUUUUUGAUACACCUGUGCAGGUCACGGUUGCAGGCAUUCCCUGCCAAAUUAAGCAUGUUUCUCCUCAAAAGAUUAUUUGUACAACUGGAGCAGCUGGCAAAAGGAGAAGGCUCAGUGGACCUCAACCAGGAAACAGAGGGCUACUUUUUGAGGUUUGGGAUGGCAUUGAUGGAAAUCUCACUGAAGCAGCUCCUGGAUACAGGUGGCAGUUUGUUCCUAAUGCCAGCUCUCCACUAGGUUGGUUGUCUGGGCGACAGCAGCUGUUAAGUGCACGGCUACGUGGAUUUUUUGUGGCGCCACAGACAAAUAACUACACAUUCUGGAUUCAGGCUGAUGGCAAGGCUUCUUUGUAUUUAAGUCUGUCAGGAGAUCCAAGAAAUAAGAUGGAAGUGGCAUCUAAUCUGGAAGGCAUUUCGGCAUGGCCAGAACACUGGGAGGAGGAGAACUGGAGUCAGCCCUGGAAGCCAAAAUCUGAGAAAUUUGAAUUUACGGGUGGUGCGAUGUACUAUUUGGAAGCAGUGUAUAAUGGGAAGUCCCCAAGCGGCAGCAUGAAAGUUGGGGUCCAGAUACACAAUACUUGGUUAAACCCUAAGGUGGUGAAUACCUAUCGCAGAGAGAAGCACAAAAUACAUGCCAGUGCAGUCCGACUUCCAGAGAUACAGAUGCUGAUAGUAUCUGGCACAGGAUGGUUUAGUCUUGCCUGGGAUAAUGUGACCACCAACCUCAUGUCAACAAAUAUUACAGCUGAAAAAAUCCAGAGAGAGCUCGAGGAACUUCUUUCGGUCAAAUGUGAAACUAAGCCAUCAUCUGCUAAAAUUCUUCUGCGGGCUGGAUUUGAAAAAGAUACAGAGAAUUUAACAGCUGGAGGACAUGUUAUCAGUUGGACGGAGCCAUUUUGUGGAAGGUUCAGUGCUCACAGGCUUGAAAGUCUUCUAAAAAUGCCUGACUCAGCCCCUGCUUAUGAUGUCACUGACUACACACAUCUGUGCUUUGCACAUAAAGGUUACCUGAGUGACACCUUCUGCGUUUUAGUGUCCUAUUCCAACAUCUUUCUAAAUACUGUGAAGAAGAAUUUGACUUGCCAGUGGCAUCUUAAUAGGACCAAUCCAGAAAGGUGGAAGUUCACAUGUAUUGAUCUUUGGAAGAAUUGUUUGGAAAAUUCUGGAUUUCUAAAAGAUCUCCGAAAAAAUUCUUCAGUGUUUUUGCAUCAGAUUAAUGUGGAACCCCUUAUUAGUGAGACGGAGACAUCAGGCAACUUUUUCAUAGAUGAAAUUAUAGUUUUGGACAGAGACAUAGUUGUUUUUCAAAGAGAACCAAGACCAGCUCGUCCACAUGGGAGUCUUAUAGAAUCUGUGUCUGUGGUUGGUGCUCCACCUGUAUACAAUGUAUCCUUCCUAAUGGCAAACUGUUGCAAGGAUCUCCCUCUUGUCUCAUUGAGAGGUGCUUUGCCCUUGGAGGGAUCAGAAGGGGAUAAGAAAUUGCUUAUGACUCUGGGUGAAGCAAACAUCAAUCUUACCGUUCAGAGACUGCAGGCUGCAAGCCCACCUCUUGGAGGAACCUUUCGAAUCCAUCUACCCAAUGUGGUAAUAUCAGAUAUUCCAGUGUCCAGCUCUGCCCAUCACCUCCGCAAGCUCCUUCAAAACCACACCGAUAAUUUCACAGCUCAGUAUUUGAAUGCCAGGGACUUUUUGGUAACUAAGGAUUCAAGCAGUUGUUACCAAAGUGUAUGGACAUUGACUUGGACUUCAAUGAUUGGUGACUUGCCCAAUAUCAUAGGUGUUUCUGCUGGAAACCUCUCUGGUCUGAACCCAGCUAUUACAACCCAUGUAAUAUUUGAUGGUGGUGUUUUCAUUAGCCCAAUAUUUGGAGACAUGCUUGCUACCCCCAACAACUUCACACAGGUUGUGGUUGCAGUCAAUGACAUUACGGCAAACUGUUCUGGUUCCUGUACCUUUCAGUAUCUCUGGGAACUGACCCCUUUAGUCAAUAAUAUUGACUAUUCUACAGAUGGCACAGUUCAUGUAAUUCUUAUCAUGGGAUCUGGUCUCAGUGCAGACAGAAGAUUAUUGCUAAUAGAGGUGAAUCAGACAGUUUGUGAAGUCCUGACAUCAAACUAUACUGGUGCUGUUUGCCAGAUAAACUUGUUACCAGUUGGACUGUAUAGGGUUACAUUACUGGUGAGCCCCUAUGGAUUUGCAACCAAUGCUAGUGGAAAUGGUGACAUCUUUCUGAAGAUUAUGCCUAGACUGACUUCUAUUCAGCCUUCUAUAGCUUCAGAAAUAGGAGGGCUUCCAGUAACCCUCACAGGUUCUGGUUUAGAUGGAGUAAGCCUGGUGCUAUUUGGUUCUCAGCCUUGUCCAGUAAAUGCCAGCAGAAGCAAUGCAACAAAAAUUGAAUGUAUACUUCCUCCUCGGAGAGGAGAAGACUAUACUGUCCAUCUAGUUCUGAUCGAUGAGCAUGAGCCUACUGUAUUUGCCAAUGCAUUUAUAUAUGAUCCUUCACUAAAUCCACAUAUUGUAUCACUGAGCAGAAACAGAAGCAGCACAGCAGGAGGUCAAAUGCUCUACAUAGGAAUAUCAUCACUCACAGAUUAUUUUGGGCUGGAUGUGAGGGUCAAAAUUCAGGACUCUAUGGUAGAAGUCAAAGCACAAACAGAUCAUGAAAUCAGUGUGGUGCUGCCUUCUCUUAUGAAUGGAUUGUACAGUCUUUCUGUCAUCGUUAAUAAUGUCCAGCUAGACACUCGUGGAGUGGAACCGUUAAUCCAGUAUGUCAUGGACAUCUUCAAAAUUGAACCAUGUUGUGGUUCCUUGCAAGGUGGAACAAUGCUCACUAUUUCUGGAGCAGGCUUUGGCAGCAACCCAGACGUGGUCUCAGUCUUGGUAGGCUUGCAGCCUUGUACUGUUACUCACUUGAAUGAAGAGAAGAUUUUGUGCCAGACUCCACCGGCCCCUCAGCAAUUCAAUGGCACUUUGGAAGAUUUCCCCGCACACGUGGAGGUGUUCAUUGGCAACAGGUCAUCUGUAGACACAUCUGCCUUGAGUGUCUCAAAGAAGAACUUUACCUUUCUUUACAAAACGUCUCUGACUCCAAACAUUAUAGACAUUGCAGCAGAAAUGCUGAAUGAUAGCCUGUGGCUGGGCAUAGAAGGAAUCAAUGUGAUGGAUUCAGUGGCUGUGCUGGGAGAUGUGGACUGUCAGCUUGAGGCAGAGAACACCAAUCAUUCUACAAUCAGCACUCAAUGCUCCUUCCCCCUGAGCACUCUAGAACCAGGACAGUAUCUCAUUAGCAUUCUCCAGAGGCAGGUGGGCUAUGCCAACAUACCAGCUGCAAUGCAGCACUUGACAGUCGUCCCCGCGAUAAAGUCUAUCUUUCCAUCUCAUGGCUCAGCAUGUGGUGGGCAGUUGCUCACCAUAUCUGGCCUUGCUUUCAAAUCUCAGACCAAUUCAGCUUGGGUGAAUCUGAAAGGGGAUUUCUCUUGUGAGAUCCAGCGAUCCAAUGGCAGCAUUAUUGAAUGUGCUCUUUCCCCAAGUGGUCCUUUUGUGGAUGAUCAACAGUUACGUGAUGUACCGCGAGCCCUCAACAUCACAGUGACUGUGAAUGGAAUCAGGAGCCAUUGCCUCGGAGAUUGUUCAUUCCAUCUUCUUGAAAAUCUGACCCUUGUUAUUGAUGCUGUGACCGUGAAGUUGAAUGGGACGUUAACUCACUUGUUCAUUAGAGGUCAGACAUUAGCUUGGGCAGUGGAUGAAGUCCUGAUAAAGGUGGAUAGACAUUUCCCUUGUAAUGUAAUUUUUUCAAAUGAAACUGAUAUUGAGUGCCAGACAGCCAGCCUUGUCGCAGGAGAACACAGCAUUUCUCUCUUGAACAGAAAGUGGGGUCAAGCCUGCCUGAAGUGGCGAGGCUCCAACAUCUUCAGAGUCACUCCCCAAGUGCUUCAAUUUUACCCCCAAAAUUUCAGUGUUAAUGGUAAAGGCCUUCUCACACUAAAAGGCAUGGCGUUAAAAGGUAGCAACAAUACCUCGGUCAUGAUAGGAAAUAAUCACUGCCUCCUUGCCAACAGCACCUACUGGGUUCUUCAGUGCCUCGUCCCUCCAGGCAAUGGGACUGCUGCUGUGGGGCUUGACAUAGAUGAUGUCUCUUAUCACAUUGGGGAAAUAAACUACAGCGAAGAGUUCACUCCUGCUUUCAUUUCUCUUUCACUUCCCGUGAACCAGCUUCUGACAAUAAGGGUGUCACGGAUCAGGCGAGCAGAAGAUGUGAACAUUUUCAUUGGCGACUCUCCCUGUGCCAAUGUCACUGGCAACUGCACCACUUUGCACUGUGUGCUUCCUCAGCUUCCUGCUGGGGAAUAUAAUGUGACAGGUGGGGACCUACUCAAAGGCUGGGCCUCCUCAAGCUUGGUGUUCACGUCUGCCCUGACUAUUGUGUCAGUGAACAACGGGAGUGGCUGCCUAGGUGGAGGAAAAGUGCAUAUACAUGGAACUGGAUUUUCUCCAGAGAACAUCUCAGUUACUGUCUGUGGUACUCCUUGUGAACUACUGGAUGAUAUCUCCACAACAGAUUUGAGGUGCCUGGCUCAGCCCUUGAAUGCAUCCUUAGCAGUUCUCUGUGGCCUGACAUGCUCCUUGGAGGAGGCAGAAGACUGCAAACUGCCUGGUGCAGCACUGAUCCAGUGUGACAUCCAAAUCAGAGCAAAUGCUAAUGUCUUAACAGCAGCCACACCUUAUAUAUACCUUUGUGAUGAUUCCAUGUGUUCCUCUUUGCUAACUAACAGGACAGCUGUCAAUUCAUCCAGCAUCCAUUUUACUGGCCUUCUUAUCAGCCCUAAAGUGGAAAGAGAUGAAGUUCUCAUCUAUAAUAGCUCCUGUAACAUUACCAUGGAAACUGAGGCAGAGAUGGAGUGUGAGGGACCUAAUCAGCCAAUUACCGCCAAGAUUACUGAGAUAUGGAAAAACCGGGGCCAGAACACUCAGAGCACCCUCCCUCUACGAUUCUGUGGACAGUGGUCAAAGAAUAUGAGCUGGCUUCAUGGAUAUCCACCACAAGAUGGCGAUAAUGUCACAGUAGAAAGAGGACAGACUUUAUUCGUGGAUACCAGCACAAGCAUCCUUAACUUACUUCAUGUCAAAGGUGGCAAACUUGUGUUUCUUGGCCCUGGGCCUGUAGAACUCCACGCUCAUUACAUCCUGGUGUCGGACGGAGGUGAACUUCGGGUUGGAUCCCCAGAUGAUCCAUUCUGUGGCACUGCCCACAUCCAUCUCCAUGGCAGUUCCCAUUCUCCAAUGUUCUUUCCAUAUGGAGUCAAAUUUCUGGCUGUGAGGAAUGGAACACUAGCCAUGCAUGGUUGUAUCCCGAAAGUGACAGUCACAUACCUGAAGUUGGCAGCAGAGCCCAAUGACACAAAGUUAGUUCUGGUGGAGUCUGUGGACUGGAAACCUGGAGAUGAAGUUGUUGUAUGUGGAGGAGGGCUUGGAGGUGCUGAGGAGCAGGAAGAAUUAGUCAUCGUCAAGACCGUAAAUGGCACAGAACUCUAUAUUAUGUCUCCACUCAGGUAUCCUCAUGGUGUUUCUGAAGAAGAGGUGUUUGGAGAGCGGCUUGCUUUCAGAGCAGUUGUGGCAGUCCUCAGCAGGAAUGUGGUAAUCCAAGGAAAUUUCACAAGUGAGAGGCUUUCCCACUUGAAGCAGUGCAAAGAAGCGGGCAUUUCAGGAGAGUUCUCAGAAUGUCUGUACAAGAGAAGUGAAAGGAAACUUGGUUCUCGAGACAUGGGGGCUGUUGUUGUUGUACAGGCCUACCAUGCUGAAGAAAGUUGGCUUCAGGUGGAAGGUGUACAGUUCCGGCAUGUGGGUCAAGCAUUCCAGAAGCAUCUCAGUGCACUGACCAUUAAUGGAAAUGCGCAAAUGUCUAAUUCUUAUGUUAAAAACUGUGUUGUCUUUAAUUCUUUUGCACGGGGAGUCAGCCUUUCAGGGGUGUCGGAACUCAGGGUGGAAAACAACAUUUUUUAUAACAUUAUGGGCCACGGACUUAGAAUAAGAGACAGACUGAAUAAAAAAAAUAAAGUAAGACAUAACACCAUUAUUGGGCUUUCUGGUACUGAUGGGCUUUCCAGUACUGAAAUCUCGUCACCUGCUGGGAUCUAUAUUCAGGAUCCUGAUAAUUUAAUAGAGGGUAACACAGUGUGUGCAGCUGGAAAUGGGUAUUUCUUUCACCUUUCUCCUAUAGGACGAUCAGAGACACCAAUCCUUUUGUUCACUAAGAAUGUAGCACAUUCCUGCAGCAGAUAUGGACUCCUGUUUUAUCGAGACUAUCACACUCAAAAGGCAAACAGUACGGUCCCUGUAAUGAUUCAAAGCUUCACAGCCUGGCAAUGCCAAGGUGGAGUUCAGAUUAUUAGCAACAGCAACCUGCAACUUGAGACCUUCCACAUCUGUUCUUGCAAAGACUUUGGAGUUGACAUUGUGGAAAGUCUUGGAAACACCUCUGUUGCACACAGCUUACUAAUUGGUCACUUUCAUGGACAGGAUGGAAGCUGUAUGCUGACAGGGUUGAAAACUCCCAAAAGGCAUGAGCUAUUGAUUUCUAAUACAACCUUUAUGAACUUUGACAUUAACAAUUGCACUGCAAUCACCACCUGUUCUGACUGUUACCAAGGUCAGGGUGGAUUUACUGUGAGAACAGAGCAAGUGCUGCUGCUAAAUGUGCCAAACUGGAUAUCGUUCCCAUUUCUUCAUUCUGCUGUUCUCAAAGAUUUAGAUGGUUCAAUCAAUGGACAGGAGGGGAGUCACCUUCUUCCUUCUAUGGAUACUCUUCCAGCUUCUUGCAUGGCAAGCGUCAAUGCCAGUCAUGCUGCCAAUGGCAGCAUUUGUUUUGGAAAUAUUACUUUUCACCGUAUGUCUAUUGGCCUAAAGGCCUCUGUGUGUCCUUAUACUUUAAAAGUGACUGAUAGUAGUAAUAAGACAACCAUUGUCAAUUAUGUCUCUGACACUCUAUCAACUGCCUGUGGCUGGAUGACUCUUCUUUUGGAUCAGGAGACUUAUACUCUAUCAUUCGAGGACCAUCUGGUCAGUGAUAAUCUGCAGUACAUAGCUACAUUUGAUAACUUCAUUGCUGGGAAUUAUUUAUUGGUGCAACACGAAGCCCUGCCGUCCCAUUUCAAUGUCACAGUGACCUGCGGGACAAAGCAAGGAUCUCUACUUCAGUCAUUUCCUUCACAUGGGCAUCACAAGAGCUGUGACUGGUUUUUCAGUAGGGAACAGAAGAAGUUAACCUAUUUAGUUACAGGUAGAGGCCAAAUCCAAGUGACUUUCAAAGCAGAAGACACAGGCUCUCUACCCAUGCCAGAUCCGAUUCCUCCUCCUCCUCCUGUUUUGAAAUGGUCUCAUUCUAAAUCUUGGGAUGGGGUGACAAAGGGCUGGGGAGGCUACAAUGAGACCAUACCAUCACCUGGUGAAGAUGUAAUCAUUUUGCCAGGCAGAACCAUCUUGGUGGAUGCAUCUCUUCCUUCUCUCAGGGGCCUCUACAUCCUGGGGACGCUGGAAUUCCCAUUAAACUCGAGCAAUGUGAUAAGCGCAGCCUGUAUUGUGAUCGCUGGUGGUGUACUGAAAGUGGGUUCAUUGCAGCAUCCAUUAGAAAGCGGAGUGAAGCUACAAAUCUUUCUUCGGACAUCCGAGGGAGUUUACUGUGAUCGAUUAGAAGGGAUAAGUGUUUACCCUGGAACUAUUGGUGUUUAUGGGAAGCUCCAGAUGCACAGUGCUUAUACCAGGAUCUCUUGGACACACCUUGGAAGUGAUGCUGCACCUGGCAAUGAAAGGGUUCUGUUACAAGAUGAAGUGGACUGGCAUCACGGUGACAAUCUAGUCAUCAGUUCCUCUUCCUAUGAAGCCCAUCAAGCUGAACUGGUUACUUUGGAAAAAGUUAACAGUCGUAGCAUUAGAAUCCGUGAACGUCUUCUUUACAGACACAUAGGACAUUCCCAUAUAUUAGAAGAUGGACAACAGAUUUCUGUAGCUGCAGAAAUUGGACUCCUAACAAGAAAUAUACAGAUUAAGUCAGACACAGAUUGCACAGGGAGGCUUCUAGUGGGAUACUUUAGAGAUGCCAGUGGAACCCAAUAUGCAGGCGAGCUACAGCUUUCAAAUGUUGAAAUUCUAAACUUUGGAUCUUCACGGUUUCCCUCAGUUGACAUCAGGAAUGUGACCCUUGAAUCUUUCAUCAUUUCCUCCAGCAUUCAUCAAAGUUGUGGAGCUGGCAUUCAAGCAGUUGCAAGCGGCGGACUCUUACUAUGUGAGAACGUGGUAUUCAGCACAAUUGGUCAUGGCAUACACUUGGAAGGCCAAAACUAUUCUCUCAUCAGGAAUCUUGUCAUUCUGAGUAAACAGCCAGAGACAUCAUUAUACUGGGUGGCUGGCAUCAAAACCAAUGUAGCCGAUGGUGCCUAUCUACAUAACAACAUUGUGGCAGGAUCAGAACGGAUAGCCUUUCAUAUCAAAGGGCAAGACUGCUUUCUAGCUGAGAAGAUUUGCACUGAUAAUGUGGCUCAUUCAAGCCUCCACGGGGUUCAUUUAUAUGGAGGAGAUGGCUUUUCCAACUGCACCAAAAUCACAGGCUUUCUGUCCUACAAGAACUAUGACUAUGGGAUCAUGCUUCAUCAUGAGGGAAAUAUAAUGGUCGAGAAUGUGUUACUAGUAGACAAUGCUGUGGGUCUCCUGCCAGUACUGUACUGCCCAUCUGCUGAGCUGCAGUGCCAACUGGAAAAAUUGUACAUUGAACUAAGAAACUCCACCCUUGUGGCCACGAGCUCAUCUUUUGAUUGUAUCAAGGAUAGAAUCCAUCCUCUUUCGGCAGACUUGACAGUUAUGGAUCGAGCUCCACGCAAUCCUUGGAGAGGCCGCGUCGGGAUGCUGUGGCCUUCUUUUACCUCUGAACCUGGUCAGUGGCCCGAUAACCCAUGGCAUAAAAUUAGAAAGUAUUCAACAGUACCAGGAAUCAUGACUCUACAAGAUGUCACAUUUGCUGGCUUUAUGAAGACUUGCUAUGCUAAUAACAGAGACAUCUGCAUCAUGACAAAUCCUGAUGAUGAAGGCAUCCUGCAUCUGGUCACAUCAGAACGGACAAGAAUGCUCCAUGUCAAUGAACAGAAUAUGUUCUACUUUUAUCCACUUCAAACUAGAAAAAAUGAAUCAAGACUUCGGUCAUGUGCUGACAUGAGGUGUGGGAACCCAAGGAAAGCUCUCUUCAAAGACAUGGAUGGAACUGCCCUGGAACUGGAUCCACCUGUGUCUGUGUUCCCAAAGUCAGGGUUUGAAUGGGAGCAGCCAUGUUUGGAUGCUGGCAUUUACAGAGAAGACAAAAAAUGCAUCUUCAUGUCUUCAUCAAACGUGUAUUUCUGUAAGGAAACAGGCCAUACAAUGUUGAUUUUGGAAACCAUGGAUACAAAUUCAAGUCCCAGGAAAUUCUCUCCACCAGUAUUGAUGACUGACUCCUUUAUUGACACCUUCAGUGAUGCUGUUUCACAGACAUCUUGCUGUCCCUCAGAACAUUCAUCAAUAUUUUACUCUAUUUUGCCAUCAAAUAAACUCUCCAAGAUUUGUUUUGUUGGUCCAGUGCCUUGGUCAUUAAGACUCUACCUUAAUAGUGGUCACAAUGCUACCAAAAUUAUCUUAGCUAUCUUUUAUGAUGAACCACGCAGCUUUCAUGUGUUUGUUAAAGGCAACUUUAUCCCACCAACUGUGUCUUUUUCCAAACCUACUGUGGAUAAUACCAUGACAGGUACCAAUUAUUUCAGCUUUCAGGAGAACCUUCUAUAUGUUGCCAUACACUCAGAUGAGUCGGUUGAAAUACAUACAUAUAAUUCUCUUCAUGCUGCUUUCACCAUAGCAGAGACCACUGGGGAGGAGGCUCAGGCAAUGCUGAUUCAACAGUUAGCUGAUUUUUUACAGAUUGGGCAUGACCAAGUCAGAACAGUCCAUAACUCAUCAGGAAAUGAGAGGUCAUUAAAGGCUAUUGCAGACAAUGUUACAAAGAAGAAACACCAUUGUCUCACUAUGAAGUCAUGCUUGUUCACCCGUCACAGGGCUGGCCGACAGAAAACCAUAACAGGCUCAAUAGUCUGUGAUGGUCUGCAGCCAUCCUGUUCAGUAAAGGGUUUGAGAACACUAAUCAUGGAGAUCAGUGAUCCACCAUACCUUCCAAGAAACAAGCUUGUUUCCUCAUUUUCAAGCGACAGAUUAAACAGUUUGGCCAACACUCUUAUCAAUGCCCAACAGAUUGGUGAACUUCAGCGAGCCCUCGAAAUCCCAGUUGACUCUUUAGUUGUGUUGACUUCUGCCACUUCAGUUCCAGUAGACAAACAUUCUAGAAAUGGAAGUAGCCUGACUCCAGAAGGCAGUCUAUAUGUCAGGCCUUACAACAUCUCUGUUUGGAUUCAGCCCUCCAAUGGAGUGAUGGAGAAACCACUUCCCAGGCAGCCACAUGUUGGUUUUCUGGAUAAGCAGGGUCGGAGAAUUCUGACAUUAGGCUUCCAUUCCAAACCAUGGAUUGUAACAGCCUAUCUCAAAGGCAAUCGUGAUGCUGUGUUGAAAGGUGACACAAGAGCAGAGGUCCAAGAUGGACAGGCCAGCUUUCGGAAUUUGGUUAUCUCCAGCUUCUGCUCAAAUUGUUAUCUCACUUUCAAAGUUACUUCUCCUCCAGGUGCUGUAUUAUCUGUCAAAUCCAAAUCUUUUACUGUAUACCCUGUUGCUGUGACAGAAAAAUCUGCCCUAGUCUUUACUGCUGUGUUGGGUUCUAUAGCCUUUGUACUUGUGUUGGGUUCUGUUGUUAUCUGCUGGUUCAAGAAACGCAAAAGGAGCAGUAAGUUGCACAAAUAUGUAGAAAACAUUAUUGAACAAGCACUGAAGAAAAGGAAGCAUUCCCAAAUCCAGGCAAAUCCCCACAUCUUGCAUGCCCAUCCGUGCAACUCCGUGAGAGAGAAUAAACACAACACUCCCGCUAUGAGAGAAGAUCUGAAACUGCAUAGAGAGACUGAAAAUACAGCAGAGCCAUUAAAGAAGUUGCAUCAACGAACAUUUAACAGCCCAUCAGUGGGAGUGGUUAAGAGUGUGAAAUAUGGUGAUCGGACCCAUGCUGAGAAAUCCGUAUGGGGUUCUGUAGAGCUUCAGCAACUUGACAUCAAGGAACUUAAUGAAUGGAAGGAGGCCAAUCAACAUAUAUUUGACUAUGCUCAACAGAAAGAAAUGAAAGAGGGACAACUGAAACAAAAAAGACAUUUAGAAAAACCUCCUACAAGGUCAGGAGGAGGUGUGAGGGGGAAGCAACAAAUUAUAGUGGUGUGAAAAUACAAUGCUUCCUGGGAUGGAAUUCAUGAGAAAAGUGAUCAAAGCUACAAGAUCUGAAUUGCUUCAGUGAUUUUAAGAAACAAACAAUGGAAUCAAUUCAUCUUAAUUGUUAAAACCAAUCUGACACUAGGGCUAUUCACACAAAGCCAGGCUAGGUGGCGCUGCCCUGCUGGGAUCAGGCCCAAUCCCCGCAGUUCUCACAUUCAGCCUAACCAGGCUGGGCUUCCCUAGCCUGGGUUAGGCUGAGCGUGAGAACAGCCUCAUUUACUAGUAAGUCAUGUACUGUGCCUCUAGCACAAGUCACUAUAGCUUGCUUUAGUCGAUUUGGGGAUAACCUAUCUUUGGGGAUAACCUAUUCUAUUAGAUAUUGAAGAUAUUCUUAUUAUCUACAGAUGCUUCCUUGAUUUUUUACCCUGUUUCUUUUAUGCAAGUAUUUGAUGUAAAGUUGUAAAUGAAUCACUGCUCUUUGUUCAUUUGCUCGUUUGUUUAGCAGAGUUUUGUUAAAUAAAUAAAUGAAAGAUGAACUUACUAUAGA